GAUACAACCACCCAACGCCAACCGACAACAUCUCGUUGCGCAUCUCCGACGUUCAAGAUGCGUACCUACGACGAUUCUUUCAGCGGUCAGAAGAUCUACCCUGGAAAGGGUAAGCUGUACGUCCGUGGCGACAGCAAGAUCUUCCGCUUCCAGAAUGGAAAGUCCGAGUCCCUCUUCCUCCAGCGCAAGAACCCCCGCCGCAUCUCCUGGACUGUCCUCUACCGUCGCCAGCACAAGAAGGGUAUCUCUGAAGAAGUCGCUAAGAAGCGUACCCGUCGUGCCGUCAAGUCCCAGCGUGCUAUCGUUGGUGCUUCCCUCGACGUGAUCAAGGAGCGCCGCAACCAGCGCCCCGAGGCCCGUGCUGCUGCUCGUCAGCAGGCCAUCAAGGACGCCAAGGAGAAGAAGGCCGCUUCCGAGAAGGCUAAGAAGGCCGAGAAGGCCAAGAACACUGCCGCCGGCAAGGGUACCGCCCAGCGCAUCCAGAGCAAGCAGGGUGCUAAGGGCUCUGCCCCCAAGGUUGCCGCCAAGUCUCGUUAAACGGAAUAGAAGCGGUUUGGCUUGGGCUGGGGAGUAUGAAGGAAUUCGGGAGGUUUCCGGAGCUGGAAUUUGUGUUUCCUUCACAAAAUUUUAUGCAAUAAAUCGGCGUAUGUGCGAUGGUUUCUUGCGGACGAGAUUCCCGCACGGCUCUCAGAUAGGCUCUGUCAUUGUGCGCCAUGGUACUUACAAGGAAAUGGAAAAAAUGGAUGUGACAUGAUAGCCGUUUUUGUCGCUCUGGGCCUGUAGAUUCCUGUACGGGUUUUUUUAGUUUACGAUGUGACAUAAUGUCAUAAUUGGAUUUAGAUUGUUCUCAA